CUUGUCCCCACCCGGAAAAGGAAAAAAACAAAGAGAGAGAAGAGACGCAGGAACCCGCUUCCUUUCUUUCUUCCUUACUCGCAAACAUGGCUACCGACUCAAACGCGCCCGCUGCCGAUGGUGCUUUUACCGAUGUUCCCGAAGGGGAUAUCGAGUCCAACUGGGACGAGGUCGUCGACAAGUUCGAUGACAUGAAGCUUCGUGAGGAGCUUCUCCGUGGUAUCUACGCCUACGGUUUCGAGCGUCCUUCCGCCAUUCAACAGCGCGCCAUCCUCCCUGUCAUCAAGGGUCACGAUGUGAUUGCUCAGGCUCAAUCUGGAACCGGAAAGACCGCAACCUUCUCCAUCUCGGCCCUUCAGUCCAUCGACGUGUCGAAGAAGGAGACUCAGGCUCUUAUCCUCGCCCCCACCCGGGAGUUGGCCCAGCAGAUCCAGAAGGUCGUCAUCGCUCUCGGUGACUACAUGGGCAUUGAGUGCCACGCCUGCAUUGGUGGUACCAACGUCCGUGACGACAUGCGCAAGCUCGAGGAAGGAGCCCACGUCGUUGUCGGUACCCCCGGUCGUGUCUUUGACAUGAUCAACCGUCGCGCUCUCAAGGCCGAAUCCAUCAAGAUGUUCAUUCUUGAUGAGGCCGAUGAGAUGUUGUCCCGCGGAUUCACCGAACAGAUCUACGAGGUCUUCCAGCUUCUGCCCCCGGCCACCCAGGUCGUCCUCCUUUCCGCCACGAUGCCCGCUGAGGUUUUGGAAGUCACCAAGCGCUUCAUGAGGGACCCCGUCCGUAUCCUCGUCAAGAGGGAUGAGCUGACCCUUGAAGGUCUCAAGCAGUUCUUCGUCGCCGUCGAGAAGGAGGAGUGGAAGCUCGACACCCUUUGCGACUUGUACGAGACUGUCACCAUCACCCAGGCUGUCAUUUUCUGCAACACCCGCAGGAAGGUCGACUGGCUUACCGAGAAGAUGCACGCCCGCGACUUCACUGUCUCCGCCAUGCACGGAGACAUGACCCAGCAAGAGCGUGACGUCAUCAUGAAGGAGUUCCGUUCCGGAUCUUCCCGUGUCCUCAUCACCACGGACCUGCUCGCCCGUGGUAUCGAUGUCCAGCAGGUUUCCCUGGUCAUCAACUACGACCUGCCCUCCAACCGUGAAAACUACAUCCACCGUAUCGGUCGUUCCGGACGUUUCGGUCGUAAGGGAGUCGCCAUCAACUUUGUUGCCGCUGAGGAUGUCCGCAUGUUGCGCGACAUUGAGUCCUUCUACAACACCCAAGUUGAGGAGAUGCCCAUGAACAUUGCUGAGCUCAUCUCCUAGAUGUGCCCAACCAGCACAGGAUCCCAGCCACCUCACCGUACGAACGAUCCGUCCCUGCAAAGCCACUUCCUGUUCUUCCGUCAGGGAGGUUGGAGGCGGCAGUUCGCAGGGCAGAAAUGCAAGCAGCUUCCCUUCCCUUCAGCGAUUUCGAAAAUCGUUGGGUUGUCAGU